CUCUAAUUGCGAAAUCAAACAAUCCGUGUCUUAGAAACAAAGGAAGGCUAAUUAACAAACUCGGAAGGGGCUUUUGUUUAACCGAGUGAUUAACGCCGUGUGGAACAAAAGUCAUUAGCUCGGGCGUUUCAUGUGUGAUUAAUGCCAAAACCGAUUUAGUUAUUGCGGUGUACGUGCAGCCGGGAUUAAAAUUAAUUAAGCGUAGCUAUCUGAGUGCUCGCAGCCGGCUGAGUUGGACAUUUCUACGUUUGAAGCCGAUGGAAAAUGACUGUUAAACUGGUCCUCUUCAUCGCCUCUCUGAUGAUCAUCAUCAUCAUAAUAAUCUCCGGCUCCGAAGCAACUUUGCUUUAUCCGACACCUGUGAGGAAAGUGCAAGCAAUCAUGGGUGCAGGAUUUCCGGUGGACCUGCACGACGAGAGCGUGGUGGUUGGGAUCGUGCUCAAAGCGAAUUACAAGCUACCCAUCAACACCACGGACUACACGAAUCCAAGCACAGUUUUCGCCCGAAAGAAACGCUCUUUGGAUGUCCUCACUCCAACCAGAUGGGACAUCUACAAGAUGCUCGAAGGUUACGCCGAGAUGUACGGAUUCGGUAGCAAAGGGUGCAUCCUCCGGACAAUCUGCGAGCUUUCAGAAACCCCAAUUGACAAAUCAACUGGAAUAAUCGAGGAAAUACUGCACGCCAUCUUCACUCCGUCGAGCACGAAGGAAGCUUUAAACACUCAUUCCGAUAAUGAGUAUCACGCGGCCCAGCAGAUCGGAGGACGGAGGAAGUUCAAAGGGAACUGCGACAGGUUUUUCCCGGACUGCGGAGCCAGUUUCGCAGACAUGUUCACAAUGUUACCGAAAUAA